AUGCCGACCCCAAGUUCCCAAGCUGCUACAGUCAACGGACACCACGAAGGGAGGCCUAUUCGAAUCGGCAACUCGUCUGGAUAUGCCGGGGAUGGUCUUUCUCAAAUGUAUCGACUUGUCACCGACGGUCCUGUCGAUGCCAUUUUCGCAGAUUACCUUGCAGAGUUGAAUAUUCCGUGGAGGGCAUUGGAAAUGAUCGACAAUCCAGAGCUUGGGUAUGAGAAACCGGCUUUGAUUCAGUUGGGGUGGAUGACAGCGGCUGAGGAGAUCGUGAAGAGAGGAAUUAAAGUUGUUCACGACGGUGGUGCACUGAAUCCCUACGGUCUGUACAAAGCGACAAAAGAACUACUUGCAAAGAAAGGACUGAGAGAUGUCAGAGUAGCGUGGGUCGAAGGAGACAAUGUGAAAGAAAUUGUAAAGGCUUCCCUAUCUGCAAAUGGAGAAUCGCUCCCCCAUCUCGACAUUCGAGGACUUGACGUUAAAUCAGCUGUGAAGGAUGUCUUGACGGCGAAUGCGUAUAUUGGUAUGCGAGGGAUCGUGGCUGCCCUGAACGAAGGCGCACAAAUUAUCAUCUGUGGUCGAUGCUGCGACGCUUCACCUGUAAUGGGAUUAUCAGCCUGGUGGCACGGAUGGGCAGAAACCGACUACGACAGACUAGCUGGCGCUCUAGUUGCAGGACACAUUACUGAAUGUGGUCCAUACGUGACAGGAGGGAAUUUCUGUGGCUUCAGAGCGGUACCUGGCCUAGGCAAGAUAGCCGGAUACCCCAUCGCCGAAGUUGCUUCGGACGGAACGGCAAUCGUCACAAAACACGAAGGGACUUACGGGGCCGUUCCAGUUGAUACCGUCACCGCUCAGCUCGUGUACGAGAUCCAAGGUCCCAAGUAUCUCAACCCCGACGUAGUUGCUCUGUUGGAGGACAUCAAAAUCGAGCAAGUCGGAAAAGACCGUGUAAAGGUUCAUGGAGUGAAGGGUACACCACCACCUCCCACCACCAAGCUGGCGGUGUGUUCAUUAGGUGGCUAUCAAUCCGAAAAUGAUUACUACGCCGUCGGGCUUGAUAUUCAGGAGAAAAUAGAGUUGCAGAGAGCGCAGAUUCUUGGACAGAUUGACCGGUCGAAAUACAGUACAAUAUCAAUCGAGCCUCAUGGCGUUGGAAAGGAGGAUCCAGAGACCCAGAAUGAGGCUACAGUCACUAUCCGUCAUUUCGUACAAGCACCAACGAAAGAAGCAAUUGUUGAUUUUUGGACAACUAUUUCUUCAAUCGUUAUGGGCGGCUAUGCCGGAAUACAUGGUAAUUUAGAUAGACGAACAACAAUUCCCAAACCUUACAUCGAGUUCUUCCCGGCUCUGAUUCCGCAGAACAAAAUCCAGCUAAAAGUGCACAUUGGCGAUCACAUCAUUCAAGUCAGCCCCAUCUCCUUUACGGAGCCAUUCAUGGGUCAGGACUCGUAUUCUCCAAAAGUUGUCACUGAUCUGGACUCUUUUGGACCUACGAGGAAAGCACCUCUAGGCAAAGUGGUUUGUGCACGUUCAGGAGAUAAAGCAGGAAAUGCCAACGCCGGUCUUUGGGUGCGAAAUGACGAUGAAUGGCCUUGGCUCCAGUCUUUCUUGACAAUUGAGAGAUUCAAGAAAUUGCUCGGGAAAGAUUACAAGCCCGAAUAUAGAGUCGAGAGAUUCGAGAUGCCCAACAUUCGAGCAGUCCAUUUUGUGAUAUAUGGGAUUUUACAACGUGGGGUUGCAUCCAGCUCGAUGAUUGACCAGCUCGCGAAGAGUUUUGGGGAAUUCAUACGCGCGAGGCAUGUAGAGAUACCUAUAAAGUUCUUGGAGAGGCCGGCUGUUGGUGAUUAUCUGCAUUAG